GCAGAAACUGAGGGGGCAGGGCCAUUUAAAAAUACCUGCUGUCCUACAAUAACGGGACCACAGACAGCAGCCCUACGGGACAGUGCUGUGGAGACUUGCAUCACAAAAUGCAGCACAGAGGAGAAACCACGCUUGACGCAAACGCCACAAUCGUCCCGCAGUUGCACUGGUGGAGUAAUUAAACAACGCGGCUAGGGGACAUCUGCCUGUCACCACGUAUCAUUCAGAAACAACAUAGGCUAGGAUGACAAUUGAAUGCAAAAAAGCUACAUUGGAUGCACUUGGAAUUUAGCGUAAAUAAUGUGUGCUGUAGGUUGCUGAUCUUUAGUGCACUAAGAAGGCAGCAAAGCAGGUGCAUCUCUACAGCGUUUUUCAUUUUGCAGGACGUUGGUGGUCUUUCAGCUCCGCAUACGGCGAGUGUGGGACAUAUUUGACUGGAAGUGCGCGUAUUAAAUGCACUAGUCAAUUAUUCCUGAACAGUAUUUAAUAUGGCAUCUACAAUUGAACGGAAAACACUGGAAACGAACGAGGAACCCGUUGACGAGGUGCUUCAGAUGCCGCCGUCGCUGCUGACCUGUGGCGGCUGUCAGCAGAGCAUCGGGGACCGGUUCUUCCUCAAGGCCAUAGAGCAGUACUGGCACGAGGACUGCCUGAGCUGUGACCUCUGCGGCUGCCGCUUAGGGGAGGUGGGCCGCAGGCUUUACUACAAACUUGGCAGGAAGCUGUGCAGGAGAGACUACCUCAGACUGUUUGGUCAGGACGGGCUCUGUGCUUCCUGCGAAAAGAGGAUCCGGGCCUUUGAAAUGACCAUGCGUGUUCGUGACAAAGUCUAUCACCUCGAAUGCUUCAAAUGCGCUGCCUGUCAGAAACACUUCUGUGUUGGAGAUCGCUACCUGCUCAUCAAUUCGGACAUUGUGUGUGAGCAGGACAUUUUUGAGUGGACCAAAAUUAAUGGCAGCAUAGUGUAGUGUUUCGCUAAUGUCAUAAGCGAAACGUAACAUCCUGUCAACAUUUGCAACAAACCCUUUACUAAAAAAAGAAUAAUUAUCUCUCUGGCUCCAGGAGCCAUGCCAUGGACAUGCUGUAAAUUUUCGUUUUCAAAAAUCGCCACCAGCAAUAUACACUUGUUUUUCUAUUGGUUUAUUUUUAAUAACAGCGUAAAUACAGUUUGUACUGUAUUGCAAUAAAAGCAGAUUCCCUUUGCUACUUUCACAGAAGGUUAGAUUUGGAUUAUAGUGUUAUUUGUUUGAAAGUAACACAGUUGUCAUAAAAUGUGAAAACAUGUUUCUUAGAGCCUGAAUAAAAAAUGACUUGUAUA